AUGCGUACUGAUAUGCAUAGACAGAGUCUCGGCCCCCUCCCAGGACCCGAACGUGCCCCCCGCCGCCCAUUGCCACGAAUACUCGCUGUGCUGGCCCCUCACCACCAAAAACUCAUGCUACAAUCCGUUGCGGAAAAAAGGCGUUCCCGCCUCGUCCCCUAUGAGAACUGUAGGCGAUUUCCCCCCUCACGAUUCAGUUGCUUACCCGCAUUCCCUUGCAAUACCCAUCAUCACCCCCCCCCCCCCCCCCCCCCCCCCCUCCCCCCCGUCUUACCACUCGUCUCCAUGUCCGCCGUGUCUGCUUAUUUCAAUACGACACGUCGUUCUGUACCUAACCGUCCACCGCCGUCCCUCGCUGCCCGUAGCCGCCGCCCCCCCUCUCCACCCUUCGCAAUGGGUUUGGGUUUCAAGAAAACCGUCGUCUCGCACGCCACUUUAACCUCCCUCAUCCUCGUCUUGGUAGUAUAUCUGGUCAUCUCCGUCAACCAUCUCCAUUCCUCCACAUGUCCUUCCCUGUUCUCCUUCGCAGCCGAGCCCGCUGCCCCCGAGACCACCCGCAUCUCCGGGGCUCAGACGCGUCGCAACAGGCCCAUGCCGGUGUGCGCAGCCUCUAACCAUCGCGCAAAAUCCUUCCUCAUGGUCUUUAUGGGACACAGUGGCUCCACGGCCAUCAUCUCAGAGCUCAGCUCCAAUUCCCGUGCCUACGUGAAUAAGAAGGAGCCCGUCGACCACCAGGAAACGUUCAACACCACAGCCGCUCUGUUGUAUACCCGCGACUUUUUCGAGAAGGGAAUCGCAGAAGGAAAGACCCCUGGUUUCAAGAUUCGCCCCACCCACAUUCUUACCGAGCCUGAUAAAUGGCGCAAGCUCGCCCUCGACUAUGACACACGUAUCAUAUGGCAGUAUCGAAGGAAUCUGUUCAAGUCAGCUGUGGGUGAGUACUCACGCCGCUAUUUGAACGAUACCAGUAUUGUCAAGGGGCUCGAUAGCAAGGAAGAGGCUGACAACAGAUGUAGUUUCGGCGUCGGUUGUUCGUAUCCGAUUGAUGAUGUGCCGUUCUUCCAUGACCUGCUUCGAGGCAAGAUGAACAGCCAGAGGAAGAUCUCGGCCGCAGUUCAUGCCGUGUCGGGUGGCAGGGGCUGCGUGAGAGAGCUUCCUUACGAGGAUUAUUUGUACGAGAGGGAGGAAACUUUAGCGGAUGUGUUUCGCUUCUUGGGGCUGCCGCAAGAGCCCACAGAGCCAGAGCGGUUUAAGGCCACAGGCGAUAACAUGUGCAGCGUUGUGGAAAACUGGGCAGAGCUAUGUCAAAAUUUUUACGGAUGCGCACUUUGGCAGCAUAUGCUAGAUGAUCCCAAGAACGGUUGCACAUGUCCGCUCACCAGCACACCAACUACCUAUUGUCAAAUGUACCUCGAGUAGCUCUUCGUGCUCGUCGAGGAGCAGAAAAGGUUAAUUUAUUGUUUCGAAACACUGUUUUCGUGUGUGCUUUUUCUGCUGAGCAGUUGAAUUUUGUUAGGGUUUGAAUCAUCCGCCAACGCCAGCAGCUGCCGAUGCCGUGAUACGAAGUAACUCCGUUGUCAAAAUCGCUUUUGACAUGGCCACAAGCACUGAAUUAUGAGCUGAAGCAACCGGCUUCCAACAUCGUGAUGGGUGGCGCUUAUUUUCCUUAAACACCUCUCGCGAUCAAGUUGCAAGGGUAUUUUCACGAAAAAUCUGAGAUUUUUUUUUGUCUUUUUGGAACCAGAGCACUGCUUACGAGGCUUCCUUGUCCGAGCUCGAAGAGCGAAGAGAAGAUGCUCCUGAGUGAAGAGUUGAGAGUGUCCCUCACUUCCACCCAUAAACCCCGUUCUGCUUCCCCUCGCUGCAUUGCAGUCGAGUGUCUAGGUGACAAAUAGCCUCAGAAUAGUUCACUUUUCAACCUCCUUUUCCUCCGUUUGCAUUUACCCGACAAGAGCAGGAAAAGUAUCCUCGCUACCGCAACUGUACGAGGUAUUACGGUACAUUCCAAUGUGCACUACUUGCUGUAUAGUCAUCUUUAAAAAAGUGUUCCCCGAA